AUGUACGACUUGCUACGUGCUCUACUACAUUCAGAGGACUCCUUAGUGUCCCAGGGUAAACAUGAUAAUAACCCUAUACCUAACCCUUCUAGACACUCGAGACAUGCUAGCGUCCAAAUAAUAAUCGCGUUGGUGCUUGGCUUAACUGCCUUUUUUUCAUUUGCCUUGCUAAGGGUGAGGUACCCCAAGAUAUACGUGGCUAAUUUUAAUCACUUCAACACCAACUAUGUCCACAGCUCGUCCAGACGAAGGCUUCCGAAGUUGCCCUCCAAGUCAUUUUUUGGCUGGAUCCCGGUCCUAUACGGAAUCAAUGAACAGCAGGUGUUGGAUCAUGCUGGGUUGGAUGCAGUGGUCUUUUUGGGAUUUUUUAAGAUGUGUAUCAAGAUUUUAUGUGUGUGUGUAUUUUUGGCAAUCACAGUGAUAACGCCUAUUCGAUAUAGGUACACUCGAAAGGUUGACGAUGACGAUGAGUAUGGACUACUUCCUGGUUUCGGAAGGAGAAGCGGUAAGGGAGACGAUGGUGGCGAUGGCGAUACCGAUGAGUAUCCCCAGUAUCUUUGGAUGUAUACUGUGUUUACAUACAUCUUCACUAUUAUAGUGGGAUGGUUCCUUUUCGAACAGACUGUUAAAAUCAUCAAGAAAAGACAGGAGUAUCUCGGAAAGCAGAACAGUAUUACCGAUAGGACAAUAAAGCUUAUUGGAAUCCCUCCUCUGUUGAGAGAGGAGGAAGCAUUAAAGAGACACAUUGAAAGUUUAGGAGUAGGCCAGGUUGAUUCUGUUGAGAUCGUUAGAGAAUGGAACGAUUUGAACAAGUUGUUUAAGUUGAGAAAGAAAGUGUUGAGGGAGCUCGAAUGCCAUUGGGUUGAAUAUUUCAGUGCUAAUGGUAUAAGAAACAAGAGCGACAUGCUUUCUACUAAUUUGCACCCAAGUUUAGGCGAGCCAAUCGGCUUGAGCAGAAGUGAGAAUUCCACUAACAGAUAUACAGAUAACGAAGUGGAGCAAGGGGUGGAUGUGGAGGAUGCGCCAUCGAUUCACAAUGAAGGAGAAGGGCUUGUUUCUGAGGAAGAUAUAGGUCACGAAACUGAAAGCGAUGACGGAGAAGUUGAAAAUGCCAUUUCUAGAUCGACGUCUCGUAAUAGUAUUAUUGAUCAAAUCACUGUAUUAUUGGAGGCAGAUAGUCGAAACUAUACCGGAGACGGAGAAAGUAUAUCAUUACCCCUUCUCAACGAUGAGGCAUACACCAGACCCAAGAUAAAAACCGGCUUUUUAGGACUUAUUGGAAAGAAAGAAGAUGCAAUAUCUCACUAUACUGCUCAACUCGAAGUAAUCGAUAAGGAAAUAGCCAGAGCAAGAAGAAGAGAAUAUCCAGCUACUUCAGCUUCCUUUGUUACCAUGAAAUCCGUGGCACAAGCACAAAUGAUUGCGCAGGCAGUUUUGGACCCGAAAGUUAAUCAUCUUAUAACUAAUUUAGCUCCGGCUCCACAUGACAUCAUUUGGGAUAAUCUUUGCUUAACACGCAGAGAAAGAAACACUAGAAUAUUCUUGGUUACCUUGUUCAUUGGAUUACUUAGUAUUGUUUUAAUUUUUCCAAUUUCAUAUUUGGCAACAUUCUUGAAUGUCAAAACGAUAACUAAACUAUGGCCCUCAUUCGGCAAGAUGUUAAGUGAAAAUCCCUUGGCAGAGACCCUUGUGACAAACUUAUUACCUACUUAUAUUUUCACGAUUUUCAACAUUGUCAUGCCGUACUUUUAUAUCUGGAUAUCUUCGAAGCAAGGAUUUACCUCUCACAGUGACGAGGAACUUUCUACGGUUUCAAAGAACUUUUUCUAUAUCUUCGUCAAUUUAUUUUUGGUUUUUACAUUCGCUGGUACGGUAUCAUUAACCAAUACAACUGAAUUUGCCAGCCAAUUCGCCCAAUCUUUAAAAAGAGUAUCUCUUUUCUAUGUUGAUUUGAUCAUCUUGCAAGGAUUGGGGAUCUACCCUUAUAAGUUAUUGCUUUUGGGAAAUUUGCUCAAGUUCCCAAUAAGCACUAUAUUUUGGUGCAAGACGCCAAGGGAUUAUUUGAAUCUCUAUAAACCUCCAGUUUUCAAUUUUGGUUUACAGUUACCUCAACCAAUCUUAAUUUUAAUCAUAACGAUUAUUUAUUCAGUGAUAUCUACAAAGAUAUUGACUGCUGGUUUAAUAUAUUUUAUAGUAGGGUUUUUUGUGUCGAAGUACCAGUUGUUGUACGCAUGUGUUCACCCUCCUCAUUCUACUGGUAAGGUAUGGCCAUUAAUCUUCCACCGUGUCAUACUUGGCCUCUUAAUUUUUCAACUUACCAUGGUUGGAAACUUAGCCUUACAAAAGGCCUACAUUUGUGCAUCAUUCUUGGCACCCUUACCAUUGUUAACUUUAGCAAGUUUAUGGAACUUUCAAAAGAACUAUAUCCCAUUAUCUAUUUUCAUUGCGUUGAGAUCCAUUGAAAACAACGAGUUGCCUCACGUUGCUACCCAGAGCAGCGCAGAUAGUUCAGAAUCAUUAGAAAAUAACUACAAGACUUUGGACGAGAGAAGAGAACUCAACAAAACAUAUGAAUACCCACAUCUCAUUGACAAUUUAGAAGGACCGUUAAUCGCAAUAGAUGGGAAUGAGAUGUUGCUUGUUAACAAUGAUGGAACAGUUAAAAAGUGCAAAGUAGUUGAUGAGUUGUAUUAA